GGCCCUUUAAGACGCAGCAGCGGGUCAGCAAGUAGUGUAGCUAGUGUUUCUCUAAUUGAACUUCGCCCAAUCAACAAUAACUCGUUAGCGGUUGCUUGCUUUUUCUUGUUCCUUGAGACAGCUUAUUCCUUGCAGGGAAUCGCCCCCAGCCAGUACAGUUAUACUUUCUAAAGAUCUCCAUGGAACUUCGCAGAGGAACUGUCUCUCUCUGCAAGGAAAUACGAUUUGGUUGCCUGUGAAACUGCAACCUACGCCCGAACCAUGGUUAUUUUGGAGAAACAUUUUAGAAAAGUGUAGUUGCAUAAUUCGACUGAAAGUGCUAAAAAAGUGGGCUGCGAAGAAGACGACAAUUGAAGGAAACACUUGUGGACGUUUGAACGACCAUUUGAAUGAAAUAAUCAGUCUUUGUCAGCAGUAAUUCCUUGGGACUGCAAUGACCUCCAGUAAAGACAUGAAGGCAGGCUCGGUGUUGCAGUCCAGCGGUGAGGAGAGGAGACGGGGUCCAUUGGACCAGCUUCCACCCCCGGCCAACUCAAACAAGCCUCUGACGCCGUUCAGCAUUGAGGAUAUCCUAAGCAAACCCUCUGUGAAAAAGUCAGUUGCAAAUCUUUGUCCGCCGAGAGUUAUUGAAAAAGUGUCCGGCUCAAAUGCAGCAAGGAACGGUAUUAGCACUCCCUCUUCGCCGUUAUGCGCUCUGGAGGAACUAGCCAGCAAAACAUUUAAAGGUCUGGAAGUCAGCGUUAUACAAGCAGCUGAAGGCCGUGAGCAUGUAAACGCCUUUGGACAGAGGCAAACCUCAAAAAAGAGGAGAAAGUCCCGGACAGCUUUCACCAACCAUCAGAUAUAUGAACUUGAGAAGCGCUUUUUGUACCAGAAAUACCUGUCUCCGGCCGAUCGAGACCAGAUAGCUCAGCAACUGGGGCUAACCAACGCUCAGGUCAUCACCUGGUUUCAGAACAGACGGGCCAAGCUCAAGAGAGACUUGGAAGAGAUGAAAGCAGACGUGGAGUCGCUCAAAAAAGUCCCACCACAAACCCUGCAAAAGCUAGUCAACAUGGAAGACAUUGACGACCUGCAAGGAAGCUCUGGAGCAAUAUCCCCUAGCAUCUCCCCGUCGUCACAGGGACACGGAGCAUUUCCUCAGUCCCCCUCCUCAUCCAGAGACCAAACCACGGACGAAUUCUCAGAGGAGGACGAAGAGAUUGAGGUGGACGAUUGACAGUAGGCCCAUGUUUUAAGAAAGCGCAUUUUUCAAAACUUUUGCACGGAUAUUGACGUUGAUAGCAGUUAAACUUAAAAGGAAAGUUUUCUUUCUCCUCUUCUCCAUCUUAAUUACAUUAAUGGGACUGUAAAAGCCUUCUAGAUGUCCCCGUUUCAAUUUCACCCAUUUAUUUGAGGAAUACAUAUUUAUUUCAAUAGGUAAUGAAACAUACUUAGUGU